UCAUCGUUUGUUUCUUUAUCCUUGUUAAUUUCUCUUAUACAUAGUACAAUAUCGACCAAAAGUUCGACUAUGGCUUCUUUACCGGGCUCUAAAGUCCUUCUCAUCGGAUUACUAAGUGCCAUGACUUGCUUUGUUGCAUUGGCUAUUGAUAACAAUCCUCUUCAGGAUUUCUGUGUUGCUGAUCCAAAUAGCCAAGUGCUGGUUAAUGGACUUGUUUGUAAGAACCCGAACAACGCGACUGCAGAGGACUUCUUCACCAGUGGAUUGAAUGAAGCAGGGGACACCUCGAAUGCAGUUGGAUCAAAUGUAACUCUAGUGAAUGUUGUCCGGAUUCCUGGACUCAACACUCUCAGCCUUUCCAUUGCUCGUAUCGACUAUGCACCAAGGGGAAUCAACCCCCCACACACCCAUCCUCGUGCUACUGAAAUCCUGACAGUCAUCAAAGGCCAGCUGCGGGUGGGAUUCGUCACUUCGAAUCCAGAAAAUCGCCUGAUCGCCAAAGACCUUCACGAAGGUGAUGUGUAUGUGUUCCCCGAAGGCCUAAUCCACUUCCAGCAGAAUAAUGGAGAAGGUAAUGCCGUAGCAAUUGCUGCUCUUAACAGCCAAAACCCCGGGGUUAUCACCAUCGCGAAUGCUGUAUUCGGAUCCGAUCCAGAUAUCCCCUCUGAUAUUCUUGCCAAGGCGUUUAUGCUAAACGAAGAGAAAGUGAAGGAAUUGCAGGCACGAUUUGAUAAUUAAAAAGAUCGAUUUGGAUCGACCAGAUUGGCUGUCCAUUAAUAAAUUGCUAUGGCUGUUUAGCCUAUGUCUCAGUCACAUUACUGAAUACCGAUUACUUGUAUCCAAUCAUGCUUUAUGACAUGAAGCUUAAAUAAAAUUCUUA